UUCACCGACCUUUCAAAUUUCAGAGUAGAAGAAAACAAUGGUGUCUUUUCGCUUCCCCUCCUCGUUUUCUCAGCCCCCGAAGCGCACUCCCACCCACUCAUUCUCCGCCACAUCACGCCCUUUCUAUGCCGCCGCCGCCGCCGUCACCGUAGCUUCCGGGGUGGCCGUAGUCGCCGGGGUCGCUGCUGCCUCCCACAGCUCCACACAGCCAUUUCUCCAGAACGCACUCAAUUCCUUCUUUGCUAAUCGCUCUCUGCCGCUUUGGGGAUCACUUUCUCUGACCGACGCACCGAGCUCCGUCGUCGAUUCCAAGACCGGUGCUUCGUUUCCUUCCGUUCUUGCGGAGUCUCGGCGGCUUCUGGGAAUUGGGUUGCGGAGAAAAAGAGUGAUGGGCUUGAAAAACAUCGAUGUCUAUUCAUUUGGUGUUUAUGCUGAUGAUAAUGACAUAAAGAAUUUGCUUGGCGAGAAAUAUGGGAAAUUGUCCAUUUUGGAACUCAAUGACAUGGAGUAUAGUGAUGAUCUGCUGGAAGCUGAUAUAUGUAUGACAGUUAGGCUUCAAAUAGUUUACGGCAGAUUGAGCAUUGGUUCUGUACGUAGUGCUUUUGAGGAGUCUGUGGGUAGCAGACUACAGAAGUUUGGAGGAUCCGACAACAAAGAAUUGCUCAAAAGGUUCACGUCCCAAUUCAAAGACGAAUAUAAAAUACCUAAGGGAUCUAUAAUAGAUCUCUCAAGGGAACGGGGCUAUGUACUUCGCACAACAAUUGACGGAAAGGAGGUGGGAAGCAUAGAGAGCAAGCUCCUGUGCCGAUCGCUUCUGGAUUUGUAUAUAGGCGAGGAGCCAUUUGAUAAACAAGCCAAAGAAGAUGUGAAGCUCAAUGUGGCCUCUCUCCUUCAGAAGUAGAUGGGAGACAUCCAAAUGAGUCAGAUUUUGUGUACUUUUUUCCAUUUCAUGCUUAAUCAUAUUCAAUAAAAACAUCGUUCGCAAGAACAAAAUUCAAUCUUCAUGAGAAAACAAAUCCAAAAUUUACAUUUACAGUC